UUCAACUCAUACCACCCGAGUAUCCAAUUCACAUUUGAAGUGGAAACAGACGGUAGGCUCCCAUACUUAGACAUGACUCUAGUUCGGCAAGAAGAUGACACCAUUCGAACCGAGUGGUAUAUGAAAGCCAUCGCAUCGGGUCGUUUGUUGAAUUUCUCAUCUCUCCAUCCUCUCACCCAAAAAAUCAACACCAUCAAAAAUGUCAUCGAUCGGGUAAACCGAUUAUCCACCAACUGGGAUGAAGAGAAAAAGCGAGAAGUCAUCGCUCAAAUUCUGCAAACCAACGACUACCCCCGAAACCUCAUCAAUCGCUUUCUGAACCGAACACACUGGACAUCUACGCACACCAUUACAGCCGACGAUCACACGACCGAAGAACACACGAUUGGACCGCCUCAAGCGAAAAUAUACCGAUCUCUCCCCUACAUCCCGUCACUUACACCAAAAAUCAUCCAGAUACUACGACACGACUAUCCCUCCGUAAUAAUAUGCCCACGGAGCGUGCACACGAUAAGGGAUCUCUACACACGCAUUAAGGACCCGAUACCCAUGGAUCAUCACCAUAACGUGGUGUAUCGAAUACAGUGCGGAAACUGCGACAAAUGCUACAUCGGUAUGACCGGCAACCUGCUGAAGAAGAGAUUGUCGGGCCAUCGGAGCAAUCUCAACCAACUGGAGAACCUAUUAGAGUCAGGCCGUACAUAUGCAGAUGAACCAGUGAGAGCACUCAGAGAAAAAACAGCUCUCUUGGCCCACUGCAUCGACCACGACCAUAGGUUCAUCUACGAGACAACACGAAUAGUCGAUCGGACGUACAAGAGAAACAUUCUCCCGAUUCUAGAGAUGAUACACAUAAGCAACGACAACGAUUCCAUCAACAAACGAACAGAUACAGAUAGACUUAGCAGUACGCUCUCUGGACUAAUACACAGAAUUAACACAGUCAUGACAAAAAACACUAAUGGACAAAAUAACAGAAACACCAACCACCCAUCCGACCCCACCUAAACCAUAACACAGAUCAGUUACCAAACAGUCUACCGAAGCAGUGAGUGAACUUGAACUUCAACGUGAUGCGACGAACAAAAAUAGGACAAUUUUAUGUAAAAAUCAAACAGACAAUGACAAAAAACAGAACUCUAGUAAGUAAAUGACACACAAAUAGAAAUGUAAAAUUAAACUUAUUGUAUAAACCAUUUUAGUGAUCCCAAGAAGAAGGCAAAAUACAUUGCGCCGAAACGUCGGAAAAUAGAUAACCUCUGUUUCCUUUUGAUUCGAGGGACUG